CAUGGCGAGGGGUGUAGUUUUUCUCGUUUGUAUUCCUACCUCUAAUCACGAGCAUGAAUUAAUUUUCGGCGUGCAAUCUCCAAACCGUGGAAAAUCGGCGGCAAUUCAUCGACCCAAACAUCAGACGUGCAACAGCGUAUCGCAUCAAAAACUUGAUCUGGAUUUACGUCCUAAAAAAAGUGCAAGGGAUCCCUUGGGGAUCGAUAAAUCAAGGGUCGAUGGGAUUAACGACGCGGAUAGGAUAUCGCCAGAUUUUGUCUCAAUGGAGACGGUAUUGGACGAACUAUUGAAACGGCUGAAGGUCGAGCAUGUCGUUUGGUGCAAGGACAAAGCGAACUUGUAUUACGAGGUCAUUUUUCCCAUUCCCUCCGGUGAUCCUUGUGAAAAUUGUCUGCACUCGUUGACCGAGCUCGGAAUUGGUGUAAAAAUGAAUUCUAUCGUUAGUGUCAUUCCGACCCAGUGCACUUAUAACGGUAUGGGAAAUAUACUGACCACAAAAGAAGCUACCAAAAAAUAUUUCGACGAUAAAAAUGCUUGGGAAGCAUUCGUAGACUCGAUUCGUUCCAAACUAACUGUACAACAAGUUGUUGACGGGGUCCAAAGUGGCGGAGACCUGACGUUCGAUUAUAUCCUUCUCGUAUUGACUGCUGACUGCCUGGCCGGUCUUGGACUGGUUGAAAACAGCGCGACUAAUGUUGUCGCGGCAAUGUUGGUGUCACCGCUAAUGGGUCCGGUAAUGUCCUUGACGUUCGGGACAAUAAUAGCCGACAGAAAUCUGCAGAGUAUCGGUUUUAAGAGCUUACUUCUCGGAAUAUUCAUGUCUAUUGCAUAUGGAUUCGUAUUCGGUCUUCUAUUAGGAACAACCGAAAUGCCCUGGGGCUACGGGGAUUGGCCAACGGACGAAAUGAAGAGCAGAGGUAACUACAGAUCCUUAUGGAUGGGAGUCCUAUGGGCGUUACCUUCUGGUACAGGAGUCGCUGUAGCUCUUUUACAGGGUAGUAAUGGCCCUUUGAUCGGUGUUGCGAUUUCGGCGUCAUUAUUACCACCGGUCGUGAAUUGCGGACUUUUUUGGGCCUUGGGUUGCAUAUGGCUGAUAUACAAGCCGGUAAAAAUUCCUCACAUAAAGGGCGAGUCUUACACAGAUUUGAAUUCGUCGUAUUCGUACGUUUACACGGAAUAUCUACCCCUAGAAUUUUUUUGCAACGGUAUAAUAAGCGCCUGUUUAACUUUCGUCAAUGUAAUAUGCAUCUUCAUCACCGCAAUAAUAGUAUUGAAGAUAAAGGAAGUCGCUGCUCCGUAUACUUCGACACCGGAAUUACGACGCUUUUGGGAACACGAUAUCCGUCGCGUUAGGGGCGAAAAUAAUUCUCGUGAUACGAAUAAUUAUUCUUCUCUAAACUCAAGUUACUACGAUGGUUACAGUCCCAGUAAACAACGAUCCUUAGAACACGCUCUUAACGAGGCAGUUCAAGAGGCGAUGGAUGAUAAAACAUUUCGAAAAGUCCAGCGUAUCAGUUACGGUCAAUUUGCACCGGAAGAAGUAUCUCAAAGACUCGGAGGAUACAACGGAGCCGGAGUUUCCGGUGUUCCUCAAAGUUCUGGAUCAGGUCUUCCGAAUAACAGUGGUAGUAUGACAGAGGAUUUAGCCGCGUUAGAUAAAUUGAUAACCCUUUUACUCGGUCAGUCGAAUACAGUUGGGAAUAAACGAGGCUCGAGAUCAGAUUCAUGGAGGAAUUCACAAAGUUCGAAUCGCGUUAGAAUGAGCCUCCGUGGUUAUCACCCCCUGCAGACACCGGGCAAUAUAAAUCCUCCCAUAAACACCACUCGGAUGUAAUUAUUUCUCUUUUCUUCUUUAUUUUUAUCAGGUAAGAAAGGAACGGGGUGAAAUUUACAUCAAUUGCCUUUGUAUAUCCAUGGGGUUCUUCUGUGUUUUUUUUUUUUUUUUUCACUCCAAUUUUUUUCCAUUCUCAUUCGUGUUCGUGGUUCCAUUUACACAAAUAUUUUUUUAUUGUUAUCUAUACAUACUUCAAAAAUAGA